UCCAAUCCUUUCAUAUCUCCUUUCCAAAUUAUAGUAUGUUAAUUCAUCUUUGAAAAUAAUGAGUUCAUAUGGAUUCUCGUGACUUGAUGUGUGUGUGGUUGUUAAUAUGUUGUCUCAAUCACUCACAUUAACUCUUCCAUAUUUGUUUUCUCUGAAUUUGAUGCGUUGAGAGCUGAGUAAAUAUUUGUUACGUAGAAAACUGUAUAGUUUUUUUUUUUACUGAAAAAGAAAAUUAUAUAAAGAUGAUUUUGUGUUUGUCAAACAUGGCAGCAAUGAAAUCUGUGAUUGAUUUAUGAUUUUUCCACAAUUUUAAUUGAGGGGUGAAAUUAUCCAAUUAUAGAUCUCUUUUCAUACUCAAUUGGUGACCUUAUUAUAAUGGAGUUUUGAAGAUAAAUUUCAGUAAUUAGAAUUAGGAGAUUAGAUUUUAGUAGAUUUGUUCAUGUAUCAAACUAAAUCUUCAUUUCUGCAUAUUUCUAGUAUGAGAUGAGUCAACUUUUCUCAAGGUGUUAUUGCUUCAUGAAAUUUCACUAGUUUAUGAUUAACUAUCAUCUCCUCAAUUUCCCUAUGUGCCGGUGCAAAUUGGUAAGAGGAAAUGUUGCUGUCGCGUUAAGGGUUGUUUCGUGUAUGAAUUGGAUUGUGCCAAAUAUAAUAGAUGUAAGAUGGAAGGGAUUGAAGAUACAGAAGUAGAUGGCCAUGUUUGUUUAGAGUUUUAUCUCUAAAUGAAUGAUGUGUUUUGCUUCCUUCCACUGUUUUUAUACCAUUUCAAAGUUCUUGUUUCACCUGCCUAAGACCGAUAUACCCAUGUCCUUUUCCUGGUCCUUAUAUGUAGUAUGAUAGAAAUCAAGAUCAAGAAAGCAUACUUUGGUGUCUGCUUCAUUUCAUCAGAGUUUUACAAUCUCUAACUACAAUCAUGACGCGUUCUCCUGAAUCUGACCUACAUCUUUUAGUAAGCUACAACUCACCAGUUUGGGGAAGUAUGUAUCUUUUGAUCAUGCUUGGCCGACUAUAUCACCAAAACUGUGUCGUUGUGUGUGAAUGAACUGCAAGGACUCUGUGUUCAGUAUCUUGAAUUGUAGAGGUAUUUGAGGUUAAUGAUACCUUCCAAUAGUAAUUUUUCGAUAAGGAUGCAUCUAUAAAUACUCAGAACACUGCUCGGAAGAAGUUAAAGAAAUGGAUAGAUCGGACACAUCUGGUUUUGUGAGUGGUGGGGGCAGCUCGUAUGUUCAUGUUUUCUUCAUUUUAAUCUAUAGAUUAUCUUACUAGUGUAUCAAAGUCUUUUAAGCUGCCACUUCAUUCCUUCGAAAAAGUUAUAUUUUAAGUUAAUAAGAUCAACAACAUGCAUCCUUCCUUCUACUCUGAGUUUGUUAAGAAUUGUAAUGGCGGAGACACUACUCUACGGUUGAAUGGAUUUGGUUAUGUGUCAAAUGAAGAUUCCAUGUUUGGAAGUGGUGAAAUGAGUGCUGGUGGUCAAGGUACUAGCGUAAAUAAUCCCGAUGAUGGAUGCAAGUUAGUACUUGGACUGGGACCAACUCCCAGUUCGUAUUCUGAUAGCUACUCGCUUCCUAUGGAUGAAAGUACUAAAGAUCUUGCACCUGUAUACACCUCGGGACAUGACUCAAUGUUGAAGCUGGGUCUUUCUGGAAGUACUGAUGUAGUUUCUGAUGCACUCAAUGUUCAAGCUUCAAUACAGCUCGGUGAUGAGGGUUCUACGUCGUGCAAGAAAUCAGGUGGCUAUAUGAGGAGCCUUGUUAUGGCCCCAAGAGUGGAAGAUGCCAACAGGUUGUUGACAAAAUAUAAAACUACGGAAGUUGAUGCAAAAUCCAAUUUCCAUCUUACUCGGCCCAGUUCUGAGCCUUCAUCUCUCUCUGACCGCUCCAUGAGUGCCGUGUCUGAGCCUAGAAGUGCUUCGGAAUCAUCACAACAGAGGGGUAUAAAUUCAAGAAGAUGUAAGUAUGAUGGAUGUAUAAAAGGGGCACGGGGGGCAACAGGUCUGUGCAUUGGGCACGGGGGUGGACAUAGAUGCCAGAAGCCCGGAUGCAACAAAGGUGCAGAAAGCCGAACAGCCUUCUGCAAAGCACAUGGAGGAGGGAGACGGUGCCAUCAGCUUGGAUGCACGAAAAGUGCUGAGGGAAAGACGGACCACUGCAUUGCCCACGGUGGGGGGAGACGCUGUGGAUUCUCGGGAGGGUGCACUAAAGCAGCGAGAGGGAAAUCCGGCCUUUGCAUAAGGCAUGGUGGGGGUAAGAGGUGUAAGGUGGAAAGCUGCAUCCGAAGUGCUGAGGGACAGACCGGUUUGUGCAUCUCUCACGGUGGUGGGAGACGUUGUCAAGUCACUGGCUGCACUAAAGGCGCUCAGGGGAGUACCAUGUUCUGCAAAGCUCAUGGUGGUGGGAAGAGAUGCAUAUUCGCAGGCUGCACGAAAGGCGCUGAGGGGAGUACGCCCCUCUGCAAAGGGCACGGUGGUGGGAAGCGCUGCCUGUUCGAUGGAGGAGGGAUCUGCCCGAAGAGUGUGCACGGAGGGACAAGUUUCUGUGUUGCACAUGGCGGAGGGAAGAGGUGCUCUGUUCCCGGAUGCACCAAAAGCGCCCGUGGCAGGACUGAUUGUUGCGUGAAGCACGGAGGGGGGAAGCGUUGCAAGGUUGAAAACUGUGGGAAGAGUGCUCAGGGUAGUACUGACUUCUGCAAGGCCCACGGUGGGGGAAAGAGGUGCAACUGGGGCGAGGGGAAAUGCGAGAAGUUUGCACGGGGAAAGAGCGGUCUGUGUGCUGCACAUUGCACCCUGGUCCGGGGGAGGGAAGCGAGGAAAGGGGGAAUGAUAGGCGCGGGACUCUUCCAUGGUUUGGUGAGCCUUGAUAAGGCGCGUUCGUCAUCAGGUGGGAGUGUGAUCACGGACUCAACCAACUCGGUCGAGAGGGCAGCCAAAAGGCAGAAGCUCAUCCCACCUCAGGUACUGGUUCCUUUGUCGAUGAAGGCCUCGACACUCCAGAGGAGCGCAGGGGCUGGCGAGGACGCACCAACGAGCUUUGGUUUCGCGGGUCCGGAGGGGAGAGUACAUGGUGGUGGACUCCUUUCGUUGCUUGGUGGAGACCUCAAUACUGCCAUAACUGGGAUUUGAUGGCUCCACCAACUUCUUCUUAUUAAGAUUUGUGUAAAUUCUUGAAUAAUAAUGUAAUGUGUGAUAUGUGUUGUAUGGUGCAAGAGGAAUGCUAUUUUGUAGAUGCAUUUGAAUAUUUAAUAAAACUUGUAAUUAUGUUGAAGAAUUAAA